GAGAGAAGUGAGCUAGCCGGCUUGCAUCGUUUGCUAGGUGGCGGCUGAGCCCGGAAAAUGUUGCAGCGCUCCGUCAGGAUGCACCUCAUUGUCCUGGUAUGCAGCAUGGCACUGUCUGCACUGGGACAAGCGGAGGACGACUGGAUCGACCCGUACGACAUGCUCAACUACGAUGCAACCACCAAAACAAUGAGAAAGCCUCCCGAGCCCGUAAACUAUCCCAAUGUGCCAACGACAAGAAGACAGUAUAGUGAGGACUCCGACCCAGCUGGGCUGACAGCGUGUCACCAACAAGUAGCUGUGUUACAGAGAGAGAUUGAAGAUCAGAAGAAGAAACUCACAGUGCUGUCACAGCAGCCCACAUGCAAUCCUGUGUUCAGGCGAUUCCUCACCAGGCUCCUGAAGGAGAUAGAACGAGUUGGUCAGCCCACAGACCACAAGGACGUCCACUAUGAUGCCAAAGUGAGGCUGUCCAAACAAGCCGUGAUGGAGAUCCGAAAGCUUCUGGAAGGUGAAGACAGCUGGAGAACGGGGGCGUUGGAUGACGCUGUGAGCCAGAUCCUGGUGGAUUUCAAACCACAUGACUACGAGGCCUGGAGGUGGCAUUUUGAGGACACUUUUGGCGUGGAGGUUGACACGGUCCUGAAGGUGUGUUUGUGUGUUUUGGUCAUAGUGGCCAUCAUCUGCACUCAGCUGUGGUCAGUGGUCUCCUGGUUUGUCCAGUUCAAGAGAAUGUUUGCCAUCUGCUUCUUCGUCAGUAUCGUUUGGAACUGGUUUUAUCUGUACAAGAUUGCCUUUGCUGAGCAUCAAAACAACGUGGUGAAGAUGGACAGCAUCUAUCAGAAAUGCACUGGCAUGAGGAGGAUUGACUGGACCGAUAGCUUGAAGGAGUGGUUCAGAAGCACCUGGACUCUACAGGAUGACCCCUGUAAGAGAUACUAUGAAGUCCUGAUGGUCAACCCCAUCCUGCUGGUACCUCCAACCAAGGCCAUAUCAGUCACGAUCACAACCUUCAUCACGGACCCGAUGAAGCAUUUUGGACAGGGGAUCAGCGAGUUCCUCCGAGCCCUCCUCAAAGACCUGCCAAUCACCCUGCAGAUCCCUGUUCUUCUCACGAUUGUGCUCUCCAUUGUGGUGUGUAUGUAUGGAGGUGUGCAAGCAGUUUUCCAGCAUGGCAUCACUGCACCAUUACGCCGUCGUCGAAGGGGCCCCCCUCCUCCACCACUGGAGCAGCGCCAGCCUCAGCCUCUCCGCCUGAGGAACGAAGACCAGGACUACUUGGCAGGCGGAGAUGUCCCUCAACACAUCCCAAGAGCCCGAGCCAACCAGGGCAGACCAGACAGGCCUCAUGUCCGUCAAAGGCGGGCUAAUGGAGUGAGGGAGGAGCGUGCCAGGGUGAAUGUGGAGACCCUGCGCACUGUCAGCCAGCUCUACGGCGAGGACGUGCCUGACGCUCAUCAGGCAGAGGAGGAUCCUGACACAGAGCAGCCAGAGAGCCUCUCUGCCUCUGACAGUGACUCUCAGACUGAGGGACAUUCAGACGACCAGCAGGAGAGGCUCAGAGGAGCUAGUGCUAGCAAUGCAGGCAGGGACCUGCAGGUGAAACGCACUGAAGCCAAAGCAAAGCCAGCCCCUGCUAAAGCAAAACCCACUGAACCAAGUUCAGACUUAUCACAAGCAAGAGCUAAACCUUUGACCACGAAUGCAAACAAAUCCCAAGCUCAUAACAGAGAUAGUAACACAGCGGCUGAGAGGCCAGCGGGGCUGUCACAAACAGCAGCAGACAGUGAUGCUCAGGUGGUAGAAGCCUCAGGGGAGGACAGGAUCGCCACUGCCUCGAUGGAACAUAUUGAAAGUAUCGGGAGCCCAGUUCAGGAGACGUCGCCCACAUCGCUGGCACAAUAAAACGCCCGGUCUCCAGUCAAAACAGCACGUGUGGCCUCAACAGGGCUUUGAGAGCCCUGAGGACAUUGCUGUAAUACUACAGGGAAACAUAAUUUUUAGCAUUGUAAUUUGUAAAUUACUCCUUGCUUUUGCUUUUUUUCCUAUAAGGAAGAUAUUUUUAUGGAAUUGAAUCACUGCUUUGAUAUUUGGGUCACUUAAUUAUGGUGGACUGUCUUCAGUCUUCUGAUCCUGUCAGUCUGGUUAAAUAAAUAUAGAUAAUUGUUAAGUUACAACAGGUACCUAAGAAAGAAUGCUAAGUGUACACCAUUACAAUAAAGUUUUUUUAAAAAAAUAUA